AUGACGAAAUUUAGACCCUGCAUAGACCUCCAUUCUGGACAAGUUAAACAGAUAGUUGGUGGUACGCUGACUACUGCAUCCGCAGAUUUGAAGACCAAUUUCGUAUCCACCCUCCCGGCGGGACAUUUUGCGAAGCUCUACAAGGAUAAUGGCCUCCGGGGAGGCCAUGUUAUUAUGCUAGGACCUGGGAAUGAGGAAGCCUCUAAGGAAGCAUUGGCUGCUUGGCCGGGAGGUUUACAGGUUGGAGGCGGCAUUACAGACAGAAAUGCCUGUGAAUGGAUUGAACGGGGAGCUGAACGGGUUAUUAUCACAUCUUUUCUCUUUCCAUCCGGGAAAUUUUCUCAAAAGCGCCUCGAUUCGGUUUUGGCUGCCCUAGAUGGGGAAAAAAGCAAGCUUGUCAUCGAUCUUAGCUGCCGGAAGAAAGAUGACACAUGGUUUGUGGCUAUGAAUAAAUGGCAGACUAUUACAGACAUGGAGAUCAAUGAAGCCUCGAUAAAAUCCCUCGAGCCUUACUGCUCGGAGUUUUUGAUCCAUGCCGCAGAUAAUGAGGGCUUACAGCAGGGGAUCGAUGAGCAGCUCGUGGAGAAGUUGGCUCAAUGGUGCAGCAUACCAGUGACCUAUGCUGGUGGUGGACGAAACCUUCAGGACCUGGAUAAUGUCAAGAACUUGAGCGGCGGACGAGUUGACCUCACUAUUGGGAGUGCGCUCGAUAUCUUUGGUGGCUCGGGAGUCGACUUUGAGAAAUGUGUGGAGUGGAAUAAGCAGCAGUGA